AUGACACGGCUAGGACCUUUGACAGCGCAAGCUUUGGGCCGAUCGCCGUUCGAUGACCUUGUCGAGGGCGAGGUAGACGCUGAAGAUGAAUCCGGCGAACCUACUCAGCAAUAUGACAACCGCGGACGCCCACACAACAGCAGCACAAAGCGAAUGAAUCGCGACAUGAUCAGAGCUCACAAUGAGGUCAUGCAGGUCAUUGGGGUGGCCGAGCCAGACAACGUCCCCACUGAGGCGGACCUCGAAUCCGUCCGUCGAUAUGUUGAUUACGAAGAAACCAUGGGUCAUCGCCUUCUUAGGAUCGGUCGGACUCUGGAGGUAGGCGGUGUUUGGGGUGUCAACGGCCUUCGCGCGAGGAUUUUGCUCUACAAGCGUUACGCCGACAUAUCUUUCUUUGACCUCUUCCGUUAUGAGAGAAGCCAACGUUCCAUGUCAAACCUCUUCCUCGCCGGCCUACCUACAUUCCUCGCUGGUCACGCCCUUAAGCUUGGGAGCCAUCAAUGGGCUCCAGCACGAACUCGAAAACGCUGGCUCAACCCUAUAUUGUCCUACAUCCGAGUGCACUUGCAGCUCUAUGUAUUCAUGCAACGAGCAGACAUCAUUCCAGCUAGCAAGUGGUUCCCAUCAUGGACCUACUUUAUUCCCGGGUUCCCUUCUUCACCUAUCCCUGCUCCAGAGCCUCCGAAGGACCUCACGGCCGCGUCGCUAGUGCAGUAUCUUGGAGCCUGGUGUAUCAACGCCCUACCAUUCGCAUCGUUCGUUCUCUGGGGUCGUCUUUGGACAAGAGUGACAACAUACAUGUGGCAGGAAUUUUACGCUCGACUGCCCAACACUGUACAUCACAGACGACACCUACCGCCUCCUCCACCACCGCAGGCCGCUCCGCCAUCGCCCCCUGUAGUUGACGCACAGCCGCCUCCGCCCCGGCAACCGGUUGACCUUCCGCCGCAGAAUCGAGCCGAGCUCCUACGCGAUAUUGACGCACAAGUGGCGAGCGAGAGCACCACACCUCCUGAUCCUCCUCCAUCCCAGCCUUUGCGGAGACCAAGUGCGUUCUCUACCCGCGGAGACGAUUUUGGGAGCGACGAUGAGGAAGAAGGCGGCAUCAGUGCCACGCUGAUCAGUUUCGACGUUGAGGCAACAGACUCGACGGACGCACCACCUGGUCUCUGGUCUGCCGAACUUCGCCCUAGCGCUGGGCCUGAGGGCUCACCUUAUGGUUUAGCCGCGUUGCAUCCGACGUACGUGGACACCAUGCUCACCCGGUUGCCGGCCUGUCUGGCUUCAGAUAUUUUCACCGUGAUCUCCGCAUACGUCAUAGUCGCGCCUUAUGAAGCCAUGGCAUUGCGUCUCGUCGCUCGGGCUUAUCGUGAACGGAUGGGGCUGCCGGUUUUCGACAUACACGAGUGGAACAUCUUUAGUGGAUUGACAUGGCGGAGUGUGACCAACUUCGUUGGCCUUGAGUUUGUGCACCUGAUCAUUGCCGGUGAGUUAUGGGCAAUGAUCUCCAGUCUCUCUCAACUCUUCCACAUGACGGAGGAAGAGUGGAAGGAACUCGAGGAAAUGCGCAGAGCCGAGGUGCAGAGGGAACGGGAGGCCGUAGAGAGCACAGAGCCUUGA